AUGGGGAAUACAAUUGGCAAAGACAAGAACGAGGACACAGUAGACGGCGGGAACCUAGUUCCGCACGGUAUAUACAAAGGACCACAGGACUGGGACUAUCGAGCAGUUCGUAAACUCAUUAUUGAGCGAAAGCUCUCGCCUUUUUACACAGGAUUGCCUGACUACGACGAUAACUGGGAUGAGGUCACGCUGACCACCCAUAAUCUUCCGAAAAAUGGUGAUGCUACUAAAAAAUCUGGGACUUUUAGCAGUAGCAGCGACAGUAAUUUAUCAUCAUCGUCUUCAUCAAACAAUAAAGAUCUAAAGCGCACUCCUUCACCCGCAAAUGCUGUAACCGCUUCUAAUACUAGUGGCACAGUUGGUCAAUCGAAGGGAAAAGAUAUGUUACCGGCAAAGUCACUUGAUGCUUUAUUAUAUAAAGGCGCUGUAGAAUGUCCUAUUUGUUUUUUGUAUUACCCGCGUAACAUUAAUCAUUCGAGGUGUUGUGAUAAACCUAUUUGCACAGAAUGUUUCGUGCAAAUCAAACGACCUGAGGCUGGUAGCUUAGGCGCGAAUAAUUCUCCGGCAGUUUGUCCUUUUUGUGUUGAGCCGAAUUUCGGUGUUUGCUAUACACCACCGUCAUUCAGUGCUGGACUUAAUGCUACAGAGGCGGGGACUUCUGCAUUCUCUUCUACUCAAAAUUCAUCAAAAUCUCUACUUUCCGCACCUUCUACUAAUACUCCAAAUCUACAGGACCCAAAGAUCCGACGGAAAAGCAUAAGUCAUAAAAAUUCAGAUGUCGUUACAUCCGGCAAACCAGAUUGGGCUACACGUGCUUCUAUUCAACCAACACGAGGGCAACAAGGUUCGCGUCGUUCUUCAGCCUCAACGCCAAAUAGUACACCUUCGCGACGUUUAACUGUAAGAUCAGCAGCAGAGUAUGGCGGAUAUCUUGCAGCAAUGCGUAGUAUGGGCACAGAUUUGGAAGAAUUAAUGAUAAUGGAAGCAAUACGAUUAAGUAUUUUAGAACAAGAGGAAAGAGAACGACGGGAAAGAGAAGAAAGUACAAGCGCCGAAAAUGGUUCGAAUGAGGAUGUUUCGAAUGAUAAGGACGAGGAGGACGAAGACAAUGAUGGUGAGGAAUUGAAUACAACCUCUGAAAGUUCUCAAACUACAAAUAUAAGAAGACAAUCAAAUGAAUCUGAAGGGGAAAUUAUAACUACAAUUAACAAUAAUCAUCCAAUAACAUCGACGACGACAUCUACACGUGCAGAAGAUGAAACAAUAAUAACAAGUAUGUCCACUGAUUCAUUUGAGUCUGGAUUAUCACCGUCGAAUCCAUUAAUGAAUCAUGGUCAAUUAUCAACGGAAACAACAACGACGACAUUAUUUUCUCCAUUUACAAGUUCAAAUCUCGAUAUAGCUGCUUCAUCUGCAUCAAAUUUCAAAGAUGUACUCCCUCCACCAUUUGAAGAUUAUACUAGCGUUAAUAACCCAUCUCCGAUUGAACAGGAUGAAAAUAAUAAUCUUAAUAACAACCUCGAAGCUCAAGCAUCAUCUACUCGUUCAAGUGGAGACAUCAAAAUAGCACCAGUAAUUCUUUUAACGAAUAAUAAUAAUACAGAUGCUGCUACUAUUGUACAAAAUGAUAAUAAUAGAGAUUUAGAUUCUAGGGACCAAAGAGGUGGUUCAUGGGAACCGGCUUGA